AUGGUGGGGACUCCGCUGCAUCAAGGCCAACUGCUCCGAACUGAUCAAUUUCUGACAGGUGCUUGCGGUCAGGUUAAAGAAGUUGGCAAAAAUGCUUCUGAAGAAAGGUUAAUUGUUGUUUCAUCUCAGGAGAUUCCAGAUGAUCCAGUGUCUCCAACAAUUGAGGCGCUUAUUUUGCUCCAUAGUAAAGCAAGUACACUUGCUGAGAACCACCAGUUGACAACACGGCUUGUUGUACCAUCAAACAAAGUUGGUUGUAUUCUUGGGGAAGGUGGAAAGGUAAUUACUGAAAUGAGAAGACGGACUGGGGCUGAAAUCCGAGUCUACUCAAAAGCAGAUAAACCUAAGUACCUGUCUUUUGAUGAGGAGCUUGUGCAGGUUGCUGGGCUUCCAGCUAUUGAAAGAGGAGCCCUGACAGAGAUUGCUUCGAGGCUUUGAACUAGGACACUCAGAGAUGGAAGUUCUUCCAAUAAUCCGACACCUUUUGCCCCUGUUGAUGGUCCUCCUGUUGAUAUCUUGCCUAACAAGGAAUUCAUGCUAUAUGGACGAUCUGCUAAUAGUCCCCCAUAUGGAGGGCCUGCUAAUGAUCCACCAUAUGGAAGACCUGCCAUUGAUCCACCAUAUGGAAGACCAAUUCCACAAUAUGGAAGACCUGCCAAUGAUCCACCAUAUAGAAGACCUGUCAAUGAUACAUCAUAUUGAGGGUUGGACAAUGAUGGGCCUCGAAGGUUUAUAAUAAAGGCCUCCGUUUUUAGUUUCACGCUGGGCCUUCAGAAUCUCAGGACCGGCCCUGCUCAUGAUCCUUACACCGUGUAUCCUGUAGAGUACUUCUCUAAAAGAGAGUACCCUAGUGGAAGUAGCAAAGUUGCACCAUCUGCUUCAUACGAAAGAUAUGCAGCAACUACUCGCUUGCCUAAUGGAGAACUGCCCUCAUCUAUUAGUCCUGGUGCCGAUUAUAUGUCCUGCCGUUCUUAUCUUGACCAAGUACCUACUGAUAGGUACUCUAAUAGGGUUACACUACAAUUAGGCCUCUCGAGAGCCGGGAAUAGUAAUGUGCAACAAUUAGGAAUCACCAGAGCUGGAAAUUCCAAUGCUUAUGAUUAUACUGAGGCUGCUGAGCAGAUCCAUGGACGUGAGGAUUACCGAAGACUGUCAGGUCUCACUGGGUAUCCAGGUGGCUUCGAAUUGUGGAUUCCAAAUAGUUAACUGGAGUCUGUCAUUGGUGUUGGUGGUGUCAAUCUAGCUGAGAUCCGUCUGAUCUCUGGUGCGAGAGUGAAGUUGCACGAAGCCCAUCCUGGUUCUUCCGAGUCCAUUGUGGAGAUCCAGGGCAUUCCGGAUCAAGUGAAAGCCGCACAGAGCCUUCUGCAAGGCUUCAUCGGCGCAAGCAGCAACAGCAGGCAGGCGCCCCAGUCCUCUCGCAUGGCCCAUUAUUUUUAGUAAGCUGGAGGACAUUCGCAACAGGGGGGUCAGUGGUCACUGCAAAGCUGAGUUUGUUCUUCAGUUCAACUGCAGAAAAUUGCAGAUCGGUUGCCGUAGUUGCUAGAACGGUACAUAGUUGCCACCUAACUGUAGCGAGUGGCAUAACUUAUUGUGUGUUACUGCCCAAUGUUGUCUCUCCUUGUGUUCAUGGAUUCAGACUUGUGAUUGUAGUAUUUCUGGAUCAGACUGGAGUAAAAGAAAAAAAAAAGGAAGACAUGGGUUUAACAGUAAGCUCAAAACGUUGACAGUAGUAAAAUAAAAGGGGUUUGUUCACUUUAUUUCCAA